AUGAUAGAAUUGAGGAUCACACAUUUUGGUGUGACAGAUCCAACAUAUCAGGAACAACGAAUUAUUUGUUAUCUUCUACCAGCUGUACCACCGCUACUAUCAACAACUAUAUUUAUAACGAUGUUGCCACAAUCGAUGAAAAGGUCGAGACAUGUCCGCUCAAUUGAUGACAUCCCAGUGGAAGUAUUGCUCAUGAUUUUUAAACGAUGUGAACCAUUAGCUUGUUUUCGAGCUCGUUUGGUUUGCCACCGCUGGCGUAUCGUAAUUGACAAAAUGGAUAAAGAAAGUCGUGAGGCAAUUCUUGGUGAAGGACAAGCCCGUUUAUAUAUAUGCGAUCGUCGACGGUACGUCUAUAUUUUUGUUUCUUAUGGAUUCUGUCGGAUUCCCCGACAUCCACCAUCGAAGCCAAGAGCUAUCCUCGAAAAGUUCAACAGUCUUCCAUCAUGUUCCAACUCUGUCACUGAGUUAAUAACAGCUCGUAAAUCCGUUUUUCAUGCGGAUUGCUACGCAUAUACUGCACUCAAUAAUUGGUCCUAUCGUUUCGACAUGACGGAAUGGACACGUAAUUUCGAUAUUAUUGAGGUAUGGGUGCAGAAUUUUGGCGCUUUCCUUGAACGUGACCAAGGAUACCUCGUCAUUGAUAAUGCAAUAUCUCCUUCGGCGAUAUGCAAUCAAGCAGCAAAUGUUAAUUCAGAACAUAAAAUUGCUUUCAGUGCUUCUUCACCCGCAUCUCGUGCAUCAUCACAAUCGCCACAUACUAAUCGAAGUGGUGGAAGUUCUUCUGGAUCGUUUUCAUAUGCUGCCAGUGUGCCAUACAAUUUACUUCCAUCGAGCCAGAAGAAAUCUCAGAUUACACGAAACAUUGCAUCUACUGCUAUAUUAAGCGAGAGUAUGAGCGCUGAAUUAACGAAGCUUUCUGACGGACGUUUCGAGAGACUUGCUGAACAACUACAUCAAAUCCAUCCUCUUCAUCUGAUUUUUCAUGAUCAUUCAUGGUAUCAGAAGAGACCGACGCUGCUUUUAUUUUGGUUUUUGAAAAAAUUACCGAAUUUACGCCGUUUAACUCUUCAUUCAGUUCGAGGUGAUCAAAUAAUCGAGUUGCAUAAAGUUUUCUGUGUGGAUGGAAUUGACGAGUUGAAUAUUAUUCAACCGGCUUAUAAUGCAUGCAUUAUUGUUAACGAAGGCCUUUUUGAUGCAUUUCUACAAGUAAACAGUGCAAUACGUCGAAGAUUCCGUUUGCGCAUCACUGGUAAAACUGACAUUAGUGCUUCUACUCUUUGUAAUUUCAUCCGCAAAUGGCGAAACCAUCGCGAAAUCGUACCAUUCCAUAGCAUACUCAUUGAUGAAACAUCUGUUUCAUCAUCAGAAUUCGUUCAUGCAACAAAAUGUCCCGGAUGUAGUGACUGCGGUGGUGAGGUUGUACGACAUAAAUCCAACGGUACUACCUGGAAUACUAAACAACUUAUCUUCCGACAUCGUAAAUACAAUGUUUGGAUCAAUUAUAAAUCUGAGAGCGGAUACCUUGUAUUCACCUAUUACAAUCCUAAGGACAGUAAUCACUUUACGGUAAAAACAGUGGAACCCGAAAGCACCGUUGUUUCAUUCUAUUCGUCAACACCAAUAUCUCUAGAAAAACCAGAAGAAAGUGAUAUAGCUGAUCAUACUUGCUCACUGUUCAAGUCUGAUCGUACUUGGUCACUGUUCAAGAAACCAACGAAUGCUGUAGAUGAACUGACAGUGCUACAACGAAUUUUCGCUCUUAUCAGAAGCAGCGCUUAAAAAAAAAAGAGGUUUUCGUUAUUGUCGCCUCAUUUAUUCACUACUUUUUUUCGUUAUAUGUAAAG